UAUGACACGACCUAACUUUCAAUUGAUAAGGUUCUACAUUUUGUAAUUAUAUAUUUGUAGAAAAAAUGGACUCCCGUGGAUCAGUGCUAGGAUUUCUUCUCGUCAUUGCUGCGGCCAAUUCAUUCGCACAGGGAAAUGUAAUGCAAAUCGUAUUCACUGACGAGCCAACCCAUAUCACGAGGGGAUCGGAAGUUCACUUGACUUGUUUAGUGACCGGGGGAAAUGAUCCACAUAUCACGUGGAUCUCGCCCACAGGUUUACUUCCCUUGAAUGCGCACAUGAUAAACGAUGGACGAACUCUGGCUUUCACAAACUUUGACGAUUCUGAUAAUGGACAGUACAUUUGUAUAGCGUCAGAUGGACAGCAGUUUGCUAAUCACAUUUUCAAUGUGCGAUUAAACCCUGCACCUUUGACAACACCCAGUUCUUUAAACACCGGACCAUCAACAACUACCAGUUCCCCGCACACUACCACUCAUUCACCGAUAACACACAAACCAACACACAGUCAUUAUCAUACCACGACAGUGCAAAGAGGGCCUCCACAUAUUACAUCUAUAGUUUUCAAGCCUCCUAACUAUCGCUAUGGAGACGACGUUCAACUGACAUGCCAUGUUGAAAGUCAUCCAGCAUAUGAUAAUCUGGGCUGGAAUAUGUUGACAGAUCCCAGCAGAAUUCCAGCGAACGUACAUUUAACACAGGAUACAAACUCGGUGACUGUUGAAAUUACCAACUUCCAACGUCAAAACGAGGUGAAAUACCAGUGUUAUGUACAGAACUCAGAAGGCCUGACUGUUAAAGUCGUUUCUGCUCGUGUGCCUUAUUGAGCAUAUGCAUUUAGGGCUCAAAUAAAAACACAUUAAAUGUUGUGGCAUAAAUAGUGGUUUACAACUGUACAUUGUAAUCCGAUAUCAUUUGUAUUAAGUUCAACGACCGUUGAUCUUAAAUAACAUGAGGUUAAAGGUCAUCAUUAAGUGAGAUUUUACACAUUUACGAUGUGUUUUAUGAUUUUGAAAAAUACAAUGAAUGCUAUUUGAUCCUAUAAGGAUCUUGAAUCCCCCCCUCUCUCUCUCUCUCUCUCUCUCUCUCUCUCUCUCUCUCUCUCUCUUAAUGCAUGUUUGUCUGUACAAUCGUAAUGAACUUUGAUAUGAAUUUCUAAAGUAUGAAUACAAUAAGCACGUGAUUGAGGAGUCGGUGUUUAAUAAAAAGAAAUUCUAUAUUCCAACUUUUAAUGCAUUAAAUAUUUGUAUAACUCCAAUGUUUCCUGGAGGCAUGGAUGUGUAAUCUAUAAAAGUUACUUUUGAUUUGUAAAUUGAUUGAUAUACAUUAAACACAUAUCAUAUGAA